CGCGCAUUUAAAACAGAAACACCGCUGCUGUGAACGCGCGCGAAUGGAAGGACUGAAAAUGAUUAAAUAUAGAACCAGAUUCUGAGUUAAACGCUCGUGUUCUGUGUGUAGUUCAAAAAGUCUGUCAAUUCCGGGCUUCAGUCUAAAGUUGCAGUAUCAUAUUUUUUGUGUGUAAUAUCUAUAACAAGUGAUCAGUAUACAGUUUCAGUUUCAUAAUGUUUGAGCUUUGCUAAAAAUAUACAGGCUAGCCUGUAAUUAGGUGUUUAAUGGUGUGACAACAUGCCCCAGUGUAGGGGUCAGCAUGUGUUAAAUGCAGAGCUGUCCUUCUGCUCCUGCUCUGUUUGGAGAUCAGUCAGAGCAAACCCAAUGACUUCAUCUGUGACCCGGAGCUCAGGAGACGCAUGGAUGUCAGAGAGUCGCUGGACACGCUCACGAAGCACUGCUCGGAUCAGCUGUCGUCGCCCGUCCUGUGCCCGUGUGUCCGGAUACACAGGGCGUCAUGGAGACAAACACCGACACACCCAUCAGUUCCAGCAGAAGCAGGCAUUUGUACGGGAUUCUCUGGACGCUCUUCUUCAGUCUCUGCGGAGCGUGAGGGAAAGUUCGUCCUCCUCCUGUCAGAUCCUCAUUCUGGAGACGCUGGAACACGGUGUGAAAAACCACCUGCUGAUAGUGAACGCUCUGGAGCGUCGGGCGAGGACUAGUGACCAACAGAUGUCCACAUCUUCUCCUGAACCGCACUGCAAGGCUCAUAAAGCGGCCAGUUUGACUCAGACUCUGAGCUUCUAUGGACGGCUGGUGCGCGGGCCGGUGGAGCUGCUGGUGGAGAGUCUCCAACACACGUGUGCAGGACACACACACGACACAUGAUGAGGAAAUAAAGACUGACGGAGGAUCAGACCCAGUGCACUCUAAACUUCCUCUUGAAAUGUGGAUACAGGAAAUUUAAGAAAAACACACAGGAACCUUAUAGGGACUUUUCAGUCCCCAUGAGCAAAGCAGCUUAUAAUAUUGAUAUAUUCAUAUAAUAUCAGACUAAGUGAAGCUUUUUGAAAAAGUAAAAAAAUGCAGAAUGUUUUCUGUGAUGGGCAGGGGUG